CGCUCCCGAUAGCCCACUCGUCUCGCUGCCGUACUGUAAUCAUAUGAUAGUGAGCCGAUCCCCGCUGCAGAAUACCCACACACCGGGCGGACACAAGCGGAGGAGCCGCGGCGGAUCAGACUAGUUGAUGGUAAACUUGUAGCCGCCGGAGAAGUGUGCGGAGUCGGGCAAAGUGUCAAACAGAGCUGAACUCUCUCCCCGUACAGGAACUUUUUCAAACUCUGGAGAGUCGGGCAGAGGGGGGAACCGUGUGGAAGAAGACAGGGCUCGCAUACGAGACAUUAACCGAGGGACAGUCGAUUUAACCGGAGUUGAGAGUUGAAUUUUCUCAGUAGGUGGAGAAGCGGUCAGCGGGUCGCGCUCGGCGGUGUCCUCUGGGAUCCUCGCAUCGCUUUUCGGGGCGUGUUUCUCCCCCCCAAAAAAAUAAUAAAUAAGAAAAAAAGAAAAUAAACCCUUCAUCAAGUUUUCCCUGCUCGCUAGGUCACUUUAUUGCUUAAUCAAAAGCCAUGGUUGGGGAGACAGAGGUGAAGGAGAGACCCAAGUCCAACCCGGACUAUCUAAUGCAGCUGAUGAACGACCGGAAGGUGAUGAGUUCCCUGCCCAACUUCAGCGGCAUCUUCACGCAUCUGGAGCGGCUGCUGGAUGAAGAAAUUGGCAGGGUACGCAAAGACAUGUACAACGACACGCUGAACGGCGGCAUGUUCAACGGGCGGGACAUGGAGGAGCUUCCCGAAGCUGUUGGUCCCGUGGCUCAGCUGCAGGAGAAGCUCUACGUGCCUGUCAAAGAGUACCCAGACUUCAACUUUGUCGGGAGGAUCUUGGGCCCACGUGGACUGACGGCCAAGCAACUGGAGGCCGAAACCGGCUGCAAGAUUAUGGUGCGAGGAAAGGGCUCCAUGAGAGACAAGAAGAAGGAGGAGAUGAACCGAGGGAAGCCCAACUGGGAGCACCUCAGCGAGGACCUUCACGUCCUGAUCACAGUGGAGGACACACACAACCGCGCCAAGAUCAAACUCCAGCGGGCCAUCAACGAGGUCAAGAAACUUCUCGUGCCCGCUGCUGAGGGGGAGGACAACCUGAAGAAAAUGCAGCUGAUGGAGCUGGCCAUUCUCAAUGGGACCUACAGAGACGCCAAUGUCAAGACGCCCACCGCUGCCUUUCCUCUAGCGACCCCUCAGGCGCCUCGGAUCAUCACAGGCCCGACGCCCGUCCUGCCUCCCACCCUGCGCAACCCUGCCCCUGUCACCACACCUACACUCAUGCCUCUGAUCCGUCAGAUCCAGAGCUCCACUCUCGUGCCGGGAGCCAAUCCACAUCCAGCGCUGGUGCAGCAAGGGCCCGAAUCUGGAAUCAUCUACACGCCCUACGAGUAUCCCUACACACUCACGCCCUCCAUAUUGGAAUACCCGAUUGACUCAACUGGAGUAUUAGCUAGCAGAGCAGCCUGGUGUGUCCAGAUCUGCUGGCCAUGACGUGACAGUUGAAUGUAUGGCUUUCCCAACCAAAGGCUAAGCGAUAGCAACCCUUCCUAGCACACACAUGGACUGGCUUGCAGAGACCCCCCCUCCCCUUUCCUCCUCCUCCCCCUCCCAUCCUCCUACACACUUAUCCCACAGAGCAAACAUGCAAAGUUUGCUUAUACUUUAGGAUGACAGAUUCCUCAACAGUCAUUAUGUAGUCAAGUGUCCAUUCCUGUUAAUUUCCUCUUUGUAUUAGCACACUAGUGUUGUGGUGUGACAGCUAUUUAACUUUUUUUAAUAGUUCAGCUUCCGCUUGUAAUUUUUUAACCUAUUUUAGUGAACCCAUAGAUAUUUUAGAGCUGCUGUUUGUGAUUUAACCUAUGUCAAAGCUUAUUUUGAUCACAGAGCUAUAUAGAGUGACUUUGCUUACAGCUGAUGUUGAAUCUACUAGUGAAGCUUAAUGAGAAAUUAGUGGUUUGGUUUAAUAUUUUCUUUAGAGAACAGAAGACCACAAAACAACAAAAGAUUCUCUCUCUUAGAAGCGAGAUGUGUUUUACUUAUUUUCACCCUCAGCCUUGAACACUUUGUAAAUUCCUGGUUUCACUGAUGUUGGUGCCAUGGGUGGACCGUCUGAUGUCUUUCUGAUGAGUAACCUUCUGUGUUCUGUUUUGGCGAUGCCAAUGGCUGUUAGCAGGUGCCAUGACCACUAAGGUACGACGCCACGACAAGAGAAUCCAUCCUUACCAAAGGGUAGUGACCACAGACAGAGGUUAGUUAGCUCACCAGCCACUUUAUGUGUAUGUGUAUCUGUAUGUGUGAGUGUUAGCGUGUGUGCAUGCAGACCAAUGGACCAAUUUCAGUUUACAUGUGUCUGUAAUACGGCAUGCCUAAAUAAGAAGUAACUGUAUCAGGCGAAAAGGUCACAAUGUGAAACAGUAUUUGUUGCAGUGAAAGUGAAAUAAGUGAGCGGAUUGGGAGGAACCAUGUUAGGGGUGACAGCUGCAGCGGUUAUCUGUGCUCGCCUGUUAACUUAAACUGGAUGGCUCUCAGGCCGGGAACCUCUCAAUUAGAAUGGAUCGUUCCAUUCAUGUGACUCGGUCCUUGUGACUCUGGAUUCGGAGUCCUCUCUCAGAAACUUUUACUUUUUUUUUGUUGUUGUUGUUUAUCUCUUCAGUACUACUUUUGACCCUGCAAAUACUGUGGGAAACAUAUUUAUACCCAAAUUCAUUCCACUAGAUUCCACAGAUAUUUUUUUAUUACUGAUGAAAUCCUGUGUUACGCCCACUUACUACAUGACACUUAAACGGAUUGUCUUUCUUCUAAAGAUCUUUCAAUUCAUGGCGAUCUUUAGUUUUUACUACUAAAACACAGCGUGUGAUAACUACUGAAGUCUGUGUUACAAGCUCUUUUGUACGAAAUACUGUUGUUUGUGGUCUUAUCGGUCGCCCACUGGACUUUAUCAUUGGGGCUGUUUACAUCUUUCAUUUAUUUCCUAGCCAGAGUGGUGCUGUUACCAUGUAUUUAGCUGCAAAAUAAAUUUGUAUAUAGGGAUUUUAAGUAAGGAUUUAAGUGCUUAUAUAAAGCUUAUGGAACAAGAUCGCUUGGAAAUACUUGUAGUUUGUUUUUGGUUUUUUUUAGUUUGUAAAUUUUUAUUUUUGUUUUUAUGGUAUGCUUUUUAUAGAUGAAGUGUCUCCAUGUAAAACUUUAUUCAAAGUGUGUAGCUACUACUGUUUUAGUCACCGCGAAGGUGGCAAUGAAGGCAGUGUUUUGCUCUGUGUAUUUAAGAUGAGGUGACCUUCUCGAUUCACGGGCCUCGUGACUGUUUUAUGCAAUAGAAAUGGACUUAGCUAGCUACAAUAUAUGUGUGUGUGAGCGGUGGUGCUCUUGUUGUACACAAUGGACAAAAAAACACUAAAAGGCAAUAAAGAUGACUAUUGAAAAAAACAACA